CACGCACAGUUCCGAAUCAGCCUGCCCAUAGUUUUCACACCCCUUAUUCUUCCUUCGUGGCCGUUAUCAAUGUCCGCCCAGCCUUCCCCAGGAUACGCACGCAACUCGGACAGCUCGGCCAAUUCGUCACCUCUCCUACCGUUCAACAACAAACCCUUACCCGCCGACAACGGCUUCGCUGACGAAGACGGCUGGGGCGCAACGGGAGGUUACGAUGAGGGGAGCCCGCAGUACGGAAACAGCUCCCAUGCCGUCAAUCAUGAUCGAGAGAGACAGGAUGAUGGAAUGACAGGGCAAGAUGGACGGGAACAAGGUCGACAGGAAUAUGGACAACAGUCUGAGGCGGGGCCGUCGAGAAAACGACUUCGAUUAGAGGACGGAUAUUCGAACCCCCAUUCUCAUACAAAUUCCAACAACGGGACCCCUCAGCCUCAAAACCCCCAUCAGAAUCAGCAUCAACACCAACAUCAACAUCAGGCACACGCUCAAGCUCACCGCGCCAACCCUAACGACGGCUAUGGCGAUUUCGCCAUCCCGUUCCCGCACCAGAUGCCUCUACCCGACCGUUCGAAAGAGAUCUACCUACUUGGCGUCCAAGAUCCCGAUCUGCGGAAUCGGAGCCCUUAUCAACCUGUACCGAGGAUCAUCAUGCAUAGCAUACUGGGGUUCACGCCGAGGAACGAAGUUAGUAGGGAGAUCGGAGAGUGGUUGUUGGUCACCUGUGGGCAUUUGCCGGGGAAUGUCGAGAUCGAGAUCAAGUUCGGGCAUAUCACAGCAAAAGGACAGAAGGAUAGAUUACGGUUACCAGUGAAGACCGAAGUUUUGUUGGACGAUCGGUCGAUAGAGAUUGGAUUUAGGUCGGAUAUGCCAGAAUGGGCUCACGCAUCGAUGAACAAGCUCUUGAACCAAAGCGCGAGUCAAACUACCGACAAAGCCGGUCAUCCGGAAUACCCUCCCCAUAGCUACUACCCUAUCAAAGCCACCCACCACCGGACCGACGAUACCUUCUACAACCCACUCAUACUCCCCGGUCAAGACCCUAUCAAUUCCCCUACCUUUGUCCAACGUUUCGGCAGGGGCAGGAGGAGACUGACAAAGAGGAGCGGGACGAGCGAGAUCGUCGAGUGCAUGCAAAAGGUCAAGAUCGGGAACGUACACGUUUAUAGUCCGAUGGAGGCGUUCGAUUAUCGGGUCAGCGUGAAUUGCGAAUUCCCUUGUAAAGCGCCUUCCAUCGACGAGCCGUUUAGCGGGUUGAGGAAGAAGGAUCGGGUGACGUAUACGCACAAUUUGUUCCAGAUCGACCUUACUCAGGUCAAGACGUUCGAGGACAACGGCAGUUCAGGGAAGAUUUCUCACGAACUAGAACUCGAGAUCCUCGAUGCAAAACGGUUCUUAGGGUGGGGACACAAGGAGAAACAAGGUGUGGAUCCGGAGAACCGGUGGGAGGAAGCGUUGGAUUGCGUGUUGAACUCGGUCAGGCUCUUGAACAAGAAUUGCUUUAAACCGGCUUAAGCAGGAGCAGGAGCCGAGUGGUAAUACGAGUGUACCGGGAGGAGCGGGUAUGGCUUCACGGCCACCACUCUGGGCCUGAGCAGCUAGUAGGAGAGAGCUACAAGUCGUAGUUGUAGCGAUCAACCAUAUGCAUGACCCAUGACCCCAUG